UGUAACGGCCCUUGGGCACGUCCGUCGAGGAGCUGUAGUGUACCGAGCCAGAUACUAGACUCGAAGGAGAGCGUGCAGUACCUUCCGCUCUCGAGUCAGACGCUCUACCCCCGAGCCAUAAAAGCUAGCCACUAUCUGUGACUGUAUUAGCGACUUGCUAUUGAAGGUCAUUAAAGUUUAAAAACCAAGUAGAUUUGGGGAGGGGAGGGCCGUUCCUAGAUAUGAUGGACCAUACGCGAGGAGACAAUUUAAACUGAUUCUUGCAAAUAUUAAGAAAACCUUAAAAACAGUGACAAAGUUGAUAAACUUUCCAUAUCUCAGAAAAUCCUAAAAUGCGCGGCCCUUUGGUAGUAUGAUCGAUCCGACUUUGAUAUAUCUUUUAUUGAAAAGCAUUUCAAUCGUACAAUUCAUUCCUUUAAUGGUUUACGAUUGUUGUAACAGUGUAAGCGGGAGGAGGCGGGAUAAGACCCCUUUGUCCAUCGUAAUAUGAAAAAUGGGUUACCUGUUUUGGAGUAAACAUUUGAUUUAGUUAACGGUGGUUAAACAUUUCAAACGUCGUUUUGAAUCUCAUUUAAUGCUAUCCAAAUGAAAGAGAUUUCACCUUAUGUCUACAUGGCCAUGUUCGGCAGGUAAAGGUCACCACCCAUAAGUGAAUAUAUAUUUCGUGGGAAGAACAAGACAAUUAUUGUUUGAACUAUUGUUACUUGUAAAUGUGCAUGUAUAAGAUUAACUUUUAAAUAAUUUGAAACCGUCCUUAUCUUAAAAGGCAAACAACGGUUAUUAACCAGUUCUUGAAAACAAUUGUCCUUGUUCUAUUUUAUUUAUAAUAGUAUUAUGUUGUCUUCAAAUGAAAUGGGUCCAAAUAAAAACUGGGACUAUGAUUAUUUUAGAAUUGGAAAGUUCUUUCCUGCUCCAAAACUAAAUCUUGUAUAGGCCAAGUAAGUCCCAUUGUAACGGAAGCACCAGAAUAAUUAAUUUAAUUCAAGUCUCGUCACUGAAUGGGUUGGUGUGUCUUUGUUUCAGACAAGAUUCAACCAUGCCUGAAAAGAACGGAAAGGCCAAGGACGAAUUUUAUGAAGGUGGGAAAUAUGAACCAACAGAAAACAAGCCUAUGCUUGACGAUGAGGACGAUGUUAGUAUUAAUCGGGCCGACUAUACAUGUGGGCUUGGACCUUUAAAACCAAAAGGACUCCAGAGAUUCGCUAAUAUAAAAUUAUACCUUGUUUUCUUUAAUGUUAUGGCAGUUCUUGUUGGCGUCGAGAUUAUGUUCAGAUUUGCUGAUCUCACAACAUUAGAAAAACGUUUUGGGUUCAAGACUACUCAAUCAGGAAUCAUCAUUAGUAGUUUUGAAAUGGGCCAUGUAUUCCUUGUGAUCAUGUUCAGCUACUUUGGGGGUUCAAGUCAUAAGCCAAAAAUGCUCUUCAUGGGUGGAGUCAUCCUGGCCGUCUCUGCCUUUGUGUGGGCAUUGCCUCAUUUCUUGUUUGGCUCAGGGCGCGAUGAAAAUAUUCUAGGAGAGAUGGCAGAAUCCAAUAACACUAACAUUGACUCAGGUCUCUGUGAAGAUGGUGCAGAAUGGAGAUUGGAGGCAUGUGCAAAUAUUGCUGAGGCUGAUAAGGGCCCUGAUAUGGGUGGACAGAAUAACGCAGCCUAUGGUAUUUUGCUAGCGUCUGAGCUACUACUGGGUGUCAGUCUGGCACCUUAUUUGUCACUUGGCAUCGCUUAUAUAGAUGAAAAUUGUGAUCCCAUCUCAUCUGCAUUUUAUGUAGGCAUUGCAUACAGUAUCGGAAAUUUUGGAACAGUCAUCGGGUUUCUUCUAGCAGGAGUCUUCCUGACGAUGGACAUUAACUUGACAGCAACCGAUCUCACCCCGGUUGAUCCUGGCUGGCUUGGGGCCUGGUGGUUAGGAUCACUGUUGUUGGCUGUCAUAGCGUUCGUUGCCAAUGUACCAAUGUUCAUGUUCCCAAAGAAACUACCACGUUCCGAGGAGGAGAUGAAAGAGAUCGCCAAACAAGAAGCGGCUACUGCAAACAUUUACACUAUAAGAAAUUUCCCGAGAUUGAUGGCAAGGUUGUUCAGGAAUGGAAUAUUUGUUGGAGCGUCUCUCGGAAUGGCGGGAGUGUGUUACAUCAUAUCCGGCUGCUACACUUUCCUGCCUAAAUAUAUAGAGACACAAUUCGGGCAAACUGCCUCACUUGCCAACAUUCUUACUGCUGUCAUUUCCGCAUUUGCUAUGUCGUCUGGCUGUUUCUUCGGUGGAUGGGUUGCUGGUAGAUUCAAACUAACACCUUAUGGCUCUAUCAAACUUCUUUUUGUAACUGACAUCAUUAGCAUAGCUGGCCUGAUAAGCCUUAUAUUCGUUGGAUGUCCUCAAGUUGAGAUAGGGGGUACCUUGGGACCUGAAGGACUUAUAGAUGUCACCCAGGAUUGUAAUUCCAACUGUUCCUGUGGUAUGGGCUACAACCCGGUGUGUGGUGAGAAUGGCAUGAACUACCUCACACCUUGUCAUGCUGGCUGUGACUUUGGAGAGCUCUUGGAGGAUGGACUCUCGAUGGUAUACUCAAAUUGUUCGUGUAUAAAUGGUCUGACAGCAACAUCCGGGUGGUGUGAAACAGGAUGUAACACAAUGCUCAUCGUGUAUUCUAUUAUACUCUUCGUCUGCUCAUUCGCUACAUUCACAGCCGUAUCACCGGCCUUAUCCAUCAUGUUAAGAUGUGUCGAUGAUGAAUUAAAGUCGCUGGCGCUUGGGGUAAAUGCAGCGUUGAUGAGUUUACUUUCUAUGUUGCCAGCACCGAUGAUUUAUGGGGUGUUGAUUGAUACAAACUGCUUCCUUUGGGAGGAGAGUUGUGACGGGGAAGGUUUUUGCAUUCUGUACAACAUGUCCGCCUUCAGGCAGCUUCUACAUGGUGCUACAGCAGCUGUGCAGUCUUCAUCUUUGCUAUUCUAUGGUUUAGCCUGGUACAAGAUGCGAGGGAUGACGUGGGAGGAAGAUGAAGAUCCAUAUGAACCUGUAAGCAAUGGAGAUGCAGUUGGGGACACCAUCAAGAAAGAAUGGAUCGACCUACGCACACAACAAAAGGUCGUAGGAGACAAACUUGCUGAUAAUAAACGUGAAGAAGUUGAACGGUUGAAUGGAUUUGAGAAGGCAGGUCAUCCGUCCCCAGUUUGGUUACAUCAAGUAAAAUCUAUCGAUGCAUCUCAUCGCCACUCAAGUGAAGCGUAG